CCUAGAGGCGCAUGCGCAGUGGCCUCUCCGUAUUUCCGUGUAGUGGCGCUGACAGCGGUCUGAGGCGGAUCUCCACACACGAGGAGAACCAAAGAAGAUGAAGAACAAAGUCAGCAGCACUCAAGUCAGUGUAAAGAGACGGUCCUGGUCCUGGCAGCAGUACCUGAAUGAACAGAAAGCUGAAGCCGCUCCUCUGACACUGUUUACACAGUCCCAGUCUUUGCCCAGUAGGAGAACAGGUUUUAAAGUUGGGAUGAAACUGGAGGGCGUCGACCCGCUGCACCCCUCCAUGUUCUGUGUGCUUACAGUUGCUGAGGUGAUUGGCUGUCGGCUGCGUCUCCAUAUUGAUGGGUACUCAGAAUGCUAUGACUUCUGGGUCAACGCUGACUCAACAGACAUCAGACCGGUAGGCUGGUGUAAAGAAAACAACCACAAGCUCCACCUACCUAAAGGUCACAGUGAAACAGAGUUUGACUGGCAGAUCUAUCUUCAGUCCACAGGCUCUCAUGCUGCGCCUCCAACCCUGUUCACUCGUCGCAAUGCAGGCUGUGGGUUCAGGGUGGGGAUGAAGUUGGAGGCGGUCGACAGGAAGAACCCCGGACUCGUCUGCGUCGCCUCCGUCACCGACGUCAUUGAAGAUCGAUUCCUGGUUCACUUUGACAAUUGGGACGACACGUACGACUACUGGUGUGACAGCAGCAGUCCGUACAUCCAUCCUGUCGGCUGGUGUGAACAACAGGGACGACCUCUGACCGCCCCUCAGGGUCAUCCGAACCCAGAGAACUUCCUGUGGGAGGAGUACCUGCAGGAAACUGGUUCCACUGCUGCUCCCAGUUCAGCCUUCACACUGAGAGCCCCACAUGGUUUCCAGGUGAACCACAGGCUAGAGGCCGUCGACAGGAGAAACCCCAUGUUGAUCCGCGUCGCCACGGUAACAGAUACAGAAGACUACAGGGUGAAGGUUCAUUAUGAUGGCUGGUCGCUGCAGUUUGACGUCUGGUUAGACAGCGACCUCUGUGACCUUCAUCCUGUUGGCUGGUGUCAACGCACAGGACACCCACUGGAACCCCCCCCAGGUUCCUCCCCUCUCUCCUCCCCCUCUCAGGGUGUGUGUCCCACUCCAGGCUGCAGAGGAGUUGGACACAUCAAAGGAGCCAAAUACACUGGACACCACAGUGCCUUCGGCUGUCCAUACUCCGAUAUUAAUAUGCGUAAGGAGGUGGUGCUUCCUGAUAGGCUGGGAGGAGAGAGAGUUGUCACCCUUGUACCUGUUGCCAUGCAUCAUUCAGACAGGAGAGGCGUUCAGGUGGAGAUGGAGCACAGAGACGAUACUCUGCUGCUUCCACUGGGGAAGAAAAGAAGACAGACAGACAGACUGUCUCAGCCAACCAAAUUCCUCCGUGUGAAACAGGAAGAGGAGGAGCUUCACCUCAGAGCCCUGGGACCAGCAGCAGCAGAGACCAGUCUGCAGGCUGCCCUCCACCAGUCUGUCUUCCUGUCGGCCAUGUCAGCGCAGCCCGGCCGCGACCUGUCGCUCUGCUGGGAGCAACACCGCAAACUGCUGCCGGGGGUCGUCGGAGUCAACGCUGAGACUGUCCAACACUGGAGCGUCCAACAGGUGUCAGAUUUCAUUGAGUCUCUGCCCGGCUGUGAGGAACAGGCAAAACAGUAUUCAUUUCAUUACAUUUCUCCUCUCCUCACUGGGACUUGCGGGCGGGCCUUCCCUCCUCCUGCUCACACGGACAUUGUUUGUGAGAUCAUCAAUCAUCAAACGUCCGCCCUCAAGAUUUACAACUCCAUCCUGAUGUUCAAGCACGCCGAGGACAGUAGCCAAUCACAUGCUGAGAACAGGAACCAAUCACACACUGAGAACAAGAAUCAAUCACACGAUGACGACAGGAAACAAACGCACACUGAUGACAGAAGCCAAUCGCACGGAGAGGACAGACGCCAGUCACAAACAGAGGACAGGAGCCAAUCACACACUCAGGAGAGGAACCAGUCACACGCCGAGGACAGGCAACAAUCACACACCAAUGACAGGAACCAAUCACACCUCGUGGACAGGAGCCAAUCACACGCUGAGGAUGGGAACCAGUCACACGCUGAGGACAGGAAUCGGUCACACACCACUAACACCUGACACCUGCAGCUCGUGACCGAGCCACUUUGGAAACACCUGAUUGUAGACUCCUCCCCCCAAGUCAAAAGCCCCUGACCCCCAAAACAAUGGGAGGGACUUCAUUUUCCAUCCAAUCAUCAGUCAGAUUUAACUUUCUGACUCACAACAAUGAUCUCAGGUGUGUUUCUGUCAGCAUGUAGAAGUCAAUCAUGACGUCAUGUUGGACGUUCAUCGUGGAUCCAUUUCAGGCUCCGCCUCCUUUGAGGGGCAGAGCUUAACGCAGGUGUCCUUUAUAAGACUAAAGACUGAACUCACCAAAACCAGAACUAGUGGCAAAGGAUUCUGGGAUGUUGAGGCCUAAAGGAGACACCUGCUGUGAUGAAGUGUUCAGACUGGACAGGUGGGCUAGGUGGAAGGAGGCGGAGCCUGAAAUGGGACUCAGCCGUACAUCGCACUGUUUCCUUAGUGACAUUAGUACUUAAACUCAUAGUCAACAAAAUGAAAAAAUACCUGCACCUGAAAGCAAAAAGUCUUUUACAAUCUUAAUAAAAAUUUUAUUGAAUUUUUUCCUCAAGAAUAUUCAAUAGUUUUUAAAAUCUUUUGGAUCGAAAAGUUAAAAAACACAGUCCAUUUAAGUCAUAUCCAAAGUUUUAAGAUCAAAUUUCUCAGUUCUACACUUUCUGAAUUCCAACAUCAGUCCGCGAUCCUCAGUGAUAAACAAUUUAUUAAUAAUUCAGAGAGAUGGUGUUUCUGUGUUUCUUGCCUGUCUUUCUUAAGAUAUAUUUUUGUAAACAACUUCAUAUUUACAAGUGACUCUUAACUUCUGUCAAUGAAACUACACAACUGGGUGAAAAAGAAAGAGAAACAAAAUGAAACAUGAACAAAGAGUAAGUUAAUAAAAUGUUUAUAAAAGCAAAUUAAAAAUGUUUUGUGCAGUACAUAUUGUACAGAUCCACUUUGCAUUCACCAAAGAAAAACAAAUUUCUCAUUUUCUUCUGCUGCUGCUUAUAAAAAUGAAAAAAAAAAACACCGCAAAACACCAAAAUACAUCGCAAUUGCAAGAAAAGUUUUUAUUAGUGUAACAAAAGUAAUCAGAAAAUCAAAUUGUAAGAAUAAUGAGAAAGGUCCCAUAAAACACAAAACAUAAUUGUAAGAAAAGAUCUUAUAAUUGUGAGAAGAAAAUUAAUCAUUACACAGAAGAUCUUGUAAUUACAAGACAAGAUUUUGUUAUUACAACAAACGUCUCAUAAUCACAAGAAAUAUCUAAAUUGCGAUUAAAAGGUAAGAAGUCUCAUAAUUAUGAGGAACAUUCUUAUAACUGAUGAUAAGUCUUAAAAUUGUGCAGUCUACAAAUUGCCUCAAAAUUUCCCAACUCUGAUGAUAAAGGACAAGAAAAACUACAUGAAAAAGUCUCAUAAUUACACAAAAAUGUCUCUUCAUUGCCGAUGAAAAAUCUUUUAAUUACCAAAGAGUCAUAAUUGUGAAAAACGUCCAUAAUUAUGAAAAAAGUGUCAUGUUUACAAAAAUAUUGUGAGAGAGUAAUUUUGAUGAAAAGUCUUGAAUUUAUGAGGAUUUAUGUCUAUUUGUGAGAAAGUCUCAUAAGUAUGUGCUUAUGAAUAUGAGAAUGUUUUCUCGUCAUAAUGAGCUGCUGCGUCAUAAGUACAAGAAUAGAUCUCCUCUUAUAUCAUAAUUAUGAGAUGUAUUUUUUUCUCUUUGGUGAAUAUUGUGUAUCUUCUAUUAAAUAAAAGUUGGAUUUUGUUUUUAUGAUUGUCUGGGGCUCAUAAAUAACUGCAGCAAACAGUGAAUGACAUCACACUGUGGCUCCACCCCCACUGUAAUGAUGUCAUUUCCUCCCGAAAUGCAGUCUCUGAGGAUUUAAUAUUUCAGACUUUAGUUGUUUUGUUCGAUGGCUUGUCGCACCUGUCGGGGGGAUUUUAUCAAUUUCACAACUUGUCUGUUUUUUUAAAGACUCCCCUCCAGCUUUUAUUGUUAAACAUCAUCCAAAAGUCCCGCCUCCUCUGCUGCGAUUGGUCAGUUUGUUACAGAUGAGCUUGGCAACACCAGAGAAGUUGAUGCCGUGAAAAAUAAAAGAAGACGGCAUCAGCCAUGGAGGGUGGACAGGCGUUAGUUUUAAUUCAAGAGUUUAUAUUUAUAAUUUUAUUCUCUAUGGUGUUAUAAAGAGUAUCUAUUGUUAUCUACUGUAUCUCUAUAGAGUUCUCUUUUAAAGUUUAUAUAUAAAUAUAUAUUUGUAUUUCAGUCUGUCCUGCUGGGAUUCAAACCAACUACCUGACAGGAAGUUCACUCAGACUCUUCCCCAUCUGUGACGUCACAGCCUGGGGCGGGGCCUAUGUUUCCCUCAGGUGUCCACGGUAACAGCUGAUGAAAUGAAGCGUUUUAAUGUUUCCAACAAUCUGCUGAUAUUUAUAUUAAUUUUCGCUUUGCUGUUUCUGUCAGUGUUUGAUGAG